AUUUACUGAGGGCUGUCAUACUCUCGUGUUUUGGUAACAAAACAUCUUUUGAGACCAAGGCCCCAAGCCACCGAGGAAAAUGAAGGGCCUCUACCAGGCUGCUGGCCGGAUUCUGGUCACUCUGGGGAGCCUCAGUGUAUGCUCUGGAGUCACCGCUUUCUUCCCUGUCUUUUCUUACAAGCCUUGGUUCGCAGGAUGGAGUGUUCGGAUUGCUUGUCCCGUCUGGAAUGGAGCUUUGGCCAUCACGACUGGUGUGCUUCUACUGCUGGCUUACAGAGCAUGGACCCAGAGACACCUGUGGGAAGCUACUUUCACCUUUGUGAUUUUGAGCAUUAUGGGAUGUCCACUUCACUUUGCAAUAGCCUUGGAAUCCGCUCUCCUGGGCCCAUAUUGCUUCUAUUCAUUUUCAGGGAUUGCAGGGACUAAUUACCUUGGCUAUGCAGUUGCCUUUCCUUAUCAAUAUGCAAAGUUCCCAAUAGCCUGUGUGGACCCACCACACUAUGAAGAGUACCACCUGACACUUCAAGCCCUCGACCUGUGCCUGAGCUUUGCCCUGCUCUGUACAUCCCUGACAGUGUUCAUCAAACUUUCUGCAAGACUUAUCCAGCAUGGACACAUAAACGAAUGCAUGCCUAGGAGCACCACGCACUGAAGGGCUGACAGUCACGACCCCUUAACAUGGGCCAGGCAUCAGACAUCUGGCUGUCACCUAAGGCAUAACACAGAGGCUUAAUGUGGGAUGGAGGGCAGGGAGAAAGGGAAAAAAUAUGUGCAGAGCUUGGUAAGUCUCCUCCAUGAAGAUUCAACAGUGAGGCCACCUGAAGUGCCUGGGGAGAGAGAAAUGAAUUGAAAACAGAUCGGUUGGGUUCAAAAGUAAGGUUCUCCGGCUUUGGCGGUUAGCAUUUCCCAUCUUGCUCAGGACACAACUUCUUGGUGUGUGCCUUCUCAGCCGGGUACAGGGCCAACACAACUAUAACGCAUUUCUUAGAGUAGACUAAUGCUGUCAAAAUCACACAGGGUUCUUGUGAGGCCAGAUUUCUGCCUGCCAUCUGAGCCCUAUUAUGUCCGCAACUCUGGAGUUAGAGGCACAGAAUGUGCAUUUUUAACACAUACUCCAAGAAAUCUAAUGGCCACUGGAGGUUAAGAAUCACACUGUAUUUUGUAAAAGAUUCUCUUCCUAGCACAAGAUUCUCUUAGUGUCACUUUUUGACAGCCUCCCCAUCUGCAUAAAAUGCAACACUAAUUUAAGUGAGAGUUUUAGAUAAAUUUAAUAAGCAUCAUUUCCUUGGUGAGUGUUUUGGGAUGACUUGACACCCCGUAAUUCAUAAUGGUGGCAGAUUGUGUUUCAUUAGAGAGGAUAAGUGGCUGACAUAACGGGACAUAAUGUUCUGUAUUAAUAAAUAUACCAUUGCCCCAAGCCCAUGAGGCACACACACACAGCCUGAGCAAACCUUUGCCACCAUGUAGAAGUCUCUGCUAUGUUUGGCAAAAUUUCCAGCAGUGAAAUGUGUAUUGUUCACUAAAAAUUUUAGAAAAUGCACAAUUCUCUUAAAAGGAAAAGCAGAUAAUUUGUCCAAAUACAGAAUUCUACAUAGUGAGUCUAUAUUUCAUUUACCCCCAUACAGUGAUGUCAUUAGGGUCCCCACAUGCAGAAAGUGAUAAACAAUAUUUUAAACAUUUCAUUAAAAAUUAUAUUGGUACUCAGCAACCAGGUAAGAAAAAGAAAGUUUAAAAAUGUUUAAAAAUUAUUAAAAAUUAUAAUAUAGGGCUAAACGCCGUGGCUCACACUUGUAAUCGCAGCACUUUGGGAGGCUGAGGUGGGCGGAUCAUGAGGUCAGGAGUUUGAGACCAGUCUGGCCAACAUAGUGAAACCCCGUCUCUACUAAAAAUACAAAAAAUCAGCGGGGUGUGGUGGUGUGCACCUGUAAUCCCAGCUACUUGGGAGGCUGAGGCAGGAGAAUUGCAUGAACCCAGAAGGCAGAGGUUGCAAUGAGCCCAGAAUGCACCAUUGCACUCCAGGCUGGGCAACAGUGCGAGACUUCAUCUUAAAAUAUACAUAUAUAAUAUAAAAUAUGCUACUACUGAUUCACACUUUUUUCUUAUUUAAGCAAAACACUGACAAUGCUUUAAAAAGCUGCACUUUUAAGUGUCACCCUGAAAAUUAACAUUUUUAAUGUAAAUUCUGUGCAUAUCAGAAAAUUUAAGAGUCAUGAAAGUUUGUAAGCGAAAGCAAUGGUUUGCAAAAACAUUCGGAGAAGUGGUAGUUUUGUAUUUGUACACUCAUGAACUGAAUAAAGUCAACUGAUCCAUAUGUAACAAUCAAUAUUAUAACGAAGAAUAUUCACUUCUAGGAGUUUUUUUCUAUACGUUCAAAAAUACGUUUUCAGAAAUGAAUCAAGCACCCCCUGAGGAACCACCACAUCCAUUAUUUCUCUCCUCUCUGUGUUGCCUUGUUUUGGUAGAAUCCAGGUCAUCUUGUUAAAGUUCACACAGUGAAGGUGUGUGAAUGUCCUGUCAAUUGGUACCCAACCACCACCACAGUGAGAAAUGCUUGAAAGAGGCAUGAAAGGUUUGAUGACUUUGAUAGACACAAAGGGGCGUGUGAGUCCUCUCCGCCGUCCAGGGCCUCACGGGAAGGGGUGGUGCUGAGAAAGGAUAACAGCCACCUGCUUAGAAAGCUUGUUGCAGAAUGUUGAAGUGGCUCUGUCGGCUCCAAGACCCAGCAUAGGGGGCCAGCGAGCAUAACACAGAGUCUAAGUCGAGGAACAAAAACGCGAAACAACCAUAGCCGGAAUUGUCUACAUUCUUGGUCCAAUAAGUAAUAAAGUGAUGGGAAAGGAAAGAAUCGGGAGGCCAGACGCACUGCAGCUGUCCCUGCAGCUACUCAGCCCCUCCUCCAAGGAAUGGAAUGGCCCUGUUUGUUUUCCUUUCAUUAUUCGGUGUUGUGUUUUGUGUCCUCUUUAAUGAAAGGGGGAAAGAAAAUAUUUCCUUCUUGUCAUGUGAUACAGUGGUUUUACUUUUUUCAAUGAAUUGAGAAAUAUCUGCUUCACAUAAGAGACUCAGUUAAACCUUGAACUGCAAUCCCUAAACAUAGGGAGGCAAAUAUUUGCCAGUGGAGGACCCUCUCCCACCCAGCAGAAGACAAAUGGGCAGCAAACGUGCUGGCCCCAAAUCUUCCACGGGUCUUACACUGCAUCAUUAGCAACAUGAAUGUGCUUUGAAACAGAUUCAUCUAUGACUCUCACCCUAAAAGUCUGGGGCCUCGGGUUAGGCUAUAGUUAAGAUAUUUCCGAUGCUCUUGAAAGUAACCCCCCUUGUAUAGAUCUAAUUCGAACUCGUGCAGGACCACAGAACAAUAAUGACUCAUUGUAUUUCUUCUUUGUAAAUUGUGUCAGGAAGUCUCCUCACGAUGGUCAGUAGAGAAAUCAGAACCUGGAAAAAUAAUCACAAUGUAGGGCAUUACUACCUCUGUUUCUCUAACAUAUUGACAGUGACAUAAAACGGGGCACUAGAAGAAUUGCAGGUGGCAGUGAUUGGGCAGUUACUGUUCCUCACAUCACUUAAAGGUUCACUGUGCCCAUGUCACAGAUGAGGGCACUGAGACAGCCAUGGAGAAAAUGUGGCACAUAUACACCAUGGAAUACUACAUGGCCAUAAAAAACAAUGAGUUCAUGUCCUUUGUAGGGACAUGGAUGAAUUUGGAAACCAUCAUCCUCAGCAAACUGACAUAAGAACAGAAAAUCAAACACCGAAUGUUCUCACUCAUAGGCAGGUGUUGAACAAUGAGAACACAUGAACACAGGGAGGGGAGCAUCACACACUGGGGUUU